AUGACUGUGCCUGUGGCCCCUAUUACAUACAUUUCCAGCGACUUUUUAGACGAGAUUCAGAAAAACAUUCUGGUCCGGCCCAUUCCUUGGGAUGGUUACGUUCGCGCCGCCCUUUUGUCUAACGAAGAUGCUACGCUUCUCAAGUCUAUUGAAAAGCAACCCCAGGUUGUUGAAAAGAAACUUGAACAUGUUGCGCAGACUUUUGCUACUCUGCUUCACACUAUCAGCCGUGAAGAUGUUGUCAAAUACCUUCUUGCUCUUACCGUGACUCUUCUCGAGACUGUCCCGCAAUUCCCCGGCGCUCUUUUGGCACUCUCUGAAAAGGAUGCUUCGUUGCCCUACGAGCCUUUUAUCAAGUUCCUUGACAAGAGCCAGGACAUUCACCUUCUUGCAGUCAAGAACCUCGUCAUUUUGUUUUCUCUCAAGGAAGCUCCCUCACCCUAUGUCAACACAACCCUCACAUUCAUCACCAGCAAGCUUGCAACUCCAGCCGAUACUAAUCUUCAGGACAUUGCCGUCCAGUCCCUCGGUCUUCUUCUCCAGUCUAAGUGGUACCGCGGCCUGUUUUGGACUGCUGCUGCUGAGCGUAUUCCUCCCUUGCUCACCAUUUUGUCCGGCUCCAAGACCAACAUUCAACUCCAGUAUCACACCCUGCUUACCCUCUGGCUCCUCUCGUUUGAGCGUCUUCCAGCAAAGGAUCUCGUCACUAAGUUUGACAUUGUGCCCGUGUACUUUGACAUUAUCAAAAACUCUGUCAAGGAAAAGACAAUCCGUCUUGCCGUCGCUCUGCUUGUUAAUGCCGUCACCUUGGCUCCCAAGGAAACCAUUUCCUCGCUUUUGGUCAAUCAGGGCCUCACUUUUGUUGGUACACUGAGCGAGCGCAAGUGGGCUGAUGAGGAGCUUGUUGCAGAUUUGCAAACUCUCAAGGACACUUUACAGACUGCUUUCGACUCAAUGACUACUUUUGACGAGUACAAGAACGAGCUCGAGUCCAAGAAACUGAGCUGGAGUCCGCCCCACCGCUCCGAAGGCUUUUGGCGCGAAAAUGCAGAAGAGUUUAAGGCUCAUGACUGGAAGGUUCUUAAGGCUCUCGUUGAUAUUAUCAAGUCUGGUCCUACCGACCCCGUCGUUGCUGCCGUUGCCGCCUCUGAUAUUAACCGUAUCUUUAGCAUUUUCCCCGAGGCCGUCAAGGUCGUUGAGCGUAUUGGCGGCAAAGUCGCCAUUAUGGAGCUUAUGAACCACCCCUCCGAUGAGGUCCGAUACGAGGCCCUUAAAGCUACCCAGACGCUCAUUUCCAACACACUCUAA